UUAAUAGCAAGUUUGAGAAAAUUAAAGCCACAGAUGCCUGUUGGAAGACAUUAUAGUUCCCUACCAGGUACAAACGUUAAUCUUCCCAUUUUAGUCGAUCUGCUUGCUUCCUCUCUUUUUGCUCUUUCUCUGGUUUGCAAGAUCUCUCAUUCAGGGGUUUGCAGUCAUGUUUUACCUCUUGGCUAGUCCUCCCAGUGAUUAGGGCUGAGGCGUCCUCUGUUAGUUUCCAGGAAGCCACAGCAGCAGAGUUGUGCUUCUGCUUGCAGGCUGCGCUGAUGAACCGAGCAAAGGAAGGUUAGUGGCUUUAGCAGCUGACUUACAAGUUUAGCAUCUGCGUCCUCUCUUACAGUGCUCUUGUGGCAAAAUGUGUUGCACUUCACUAUGGUUUUCACUCAGAAGUGUUUUCUCGCCAGUAGAGGCUUACUAGAUUAAAGAUUCUUAAUAGUUUGAAGAUUUGUCUGGAGUGUUUUGGAUUAGAAAUGUGGCUGUGAAAAGGAGGAAGAGUGGAAUAAGCUAGUCUGUGAUAGACUUGAUGAAAGCAGAUUAGUGCCAUUUCUGAUCAGUUAUCACAUGUGUCACGUGAGAAUAACAGAAUACAGACACCAGUUGGCUGUUGACUUAACGAGCGCACGUGAAGUUUAGGGCCUCAUUGAGGAGGGGUUAUCUAGUUUCUUUAUAUAGCUUAUGUGAAUUUUAAGUAUAGCAGUGUAAAUUAUCUUUCAGUCUUCAAAGCACCAUGAGGAUUUUAAAUUAAUAUAAAACUCUGUAUAAACUGUGGAAGAAUUAGCUUAAGUAGCAGUAAGGUAGAGAUUAAAUUUACAUUUAUAAUUAUAUUCCUUAAAGUUAUGUAUUAAUAAAACAUGUGAGCCAUUUUGGAUUUUUUUUUAAACAGUUAAGUAAUCUGGCUAUUUGGCCUUUUAGAAGUAUUAGAACAGUGUAGCUUCUGUCGAAUGAUACCUUCCAAGCCUCUUUAGCAGCGUUGAUGCAUUGCCGAGGCCAGGUAGGCUCCACGUUACACAGAAAUUUCAGUGUUUGCUAACACAGGAGUAUAUUCUCAGCUUUUCAAGCCCUCAAUGAACAGAUUUAUAGUACUGUGCAUUUUAAAGCUUUUCUUUAGUUAAGGAUCCCAUAUUGCCUCAAAAUAGCCGUUGUGAACAUUAAUCUAGCUUUUAGAGUUUGACAAAUAAUGGGAACCGUAGGUAACAAAGAUUAAGGUAAAGCUAUAGUUUCUCUAAGCAUGAGGUUUGAAAGUUUGUACUUUAUUUUGUAUAUAAUAUUUUCCGUUUACAUUGUAAGAAGGCAUUUUAGAUAAAUUUUACUUAGCUUGGGUUUUAUUUUGUUUGGAGUUACUGUAUUUUCUUAUUUUACUUGCAACCUAAGGAAAUUUAAUCAAUUCAACUGUUCAAUUUAAUUCUCCUAUUAGGCUUAAUAGGAAAUGAGGUCAAAUCCCUUCGUUCCAUCAUCAAUCCUCCUAUAGAGAAGUAAGUAUUAUCAUUCAUUUUUUUCCAUGAGAAUUCAAAGAAACAAGUUUUCUCUGAAAGGCAGAGGAAAUGAUAAAUUGUAAGUGCUACAAGUUUUGUGACUGUGUGCCCUCCCGUUUGGGCAUUUAGUUCAUUUAUUAGCUGUUUUGUCAGAGUAAGGUAAUAGGAUAUGUAUGUUUUUGUUGUUUUGUAGGAGUAAUAUAAUUGGAUAUCCUUAAGUAUUUUUUUCUGGUUUUCACUGAAUUAUAUAAGUUACUGAAAUACUAAACAGAUUUGAAAUUUACACAGGAUUGUUAUUAUUAUUUUUUUUUUUUUUACAAUAUCAGUAACCUCCACUUUGUGAUGCCUUUUUCUUUUAAAUAGAAUCCGUAAUAUUGGAAUUAUGGCUCAUAUUGACGCUGGCAAAACUACCACUACUGAAAGAAUAUUGUACUUUUCUGGAUAUACAAGAUCAUUGGGAGGUCAGAUGGAUUCCUAGUUACUCACCCCCAAUAGCAAAAGCGUCACUUGAAAAGGUCAUGAAUACGCAGUGGCCCUGAUGUCUAACCACAACAUGCAGAUAAGAUGUGGAUGAUGGAGAUACAGUGACAGAUUUCAUGGCUCAGGAGCGAGAAAGAGGCAUUACCAUCCAGUCAGCUGCUGUUACCUUAGACUGGAAGGGGUACAGAGUCAAUCUAAUUGACACACCAGGUCAUGUUGACUUCACUCUGGAGGUUGAGCGCUGCCUCAGAGUUUUGGAUGGUGCAGUGGCUGUAUUUGAUGCCUCUGCUGGUGUAGAGGCCCAAACUCUAACAGUAUGGAGGCAAGCUGACAAACACAAGAUACCUCGAAUCUGCUUUUUAAACAAGAUGGACAAAACUGGAGCAAGUUUUAACUUUGCAGUUGAAAGCAUCAGAGAGAAGCUGAAGGCAAGGCCAUUGCUUCUACAGUUACCAAUCGGUGAAGGCAAAACGUUCAAAGGCGUAGUGGAUGUAGUAAGUAAAGAAAAGCUAAUUUGGAAUCCCGAUUCAGAUGAUGGAAAAGACUUUGAGAGAAAACCCCUCUUGGAAGUGAGUGAUCCUGAGUUGCUGAAGGAGACAACUGAAGCAAGGAAUGCCUUGGUUGAACAGAUUGCAGAUUUGGAUGAUGAAUUUGCUGACUUGAUUUUAGAAGAAUUUAGUGAAAAUUUUGAUUUGAUUCCAGCUGAAAAGCUGCAGUCUGCCAUCCACAGAGUCACGCUGGCUCAGGCAGCAGUGCCUGUGCUUUGUGGAAGUGCUCUGAAGAACAAGGGUGUGCAGCCCUUGUUAGAUGCUGUCACCUUGUACCUGCCUUCACCUGAAGAGCGCAACUAUGAAUUUCUGCAGUGGUAUAAGGAUGGCUUAUGCGCGCUGGCCUUUAAAGUCCUCCAUGACAAGCAGCGAGGGCCACUGGUUUUUAUGCGCAUUUACUCAGGCACAAUAAAACCCCAAUUGGCUGUUUAUAAUAUUAAUGAAAACUGCACGGAGAGAAUAAGUCGCCUGCUCUUACCCUUUGCUGACCAACAUAUAGAAAUCCCUUCACUGACCGCUGGUAACAUUGCUUUGACAGUUGGACUCAAACACACCGUCACUGGGGACACCAUCGUCUCCUCAAAGUCUAGUGCACAGGCAGCGGCUCGGCAGGCCAAGAGGAAGGGGGAAACGGACAGAAAAAAUACGGAAGGAGAGACUCUUUUAUUGGCUGGCGUGGAAGUUCCUGAACCUGUUUUCUUCUGUACCAUAGAGCCCCCAUCAAUGGCCAAGCAGCCAGAUUUGGAUCAUGCACUGAAAUGCCUGCAACGUGAAGAUCCCAGUUUGAAAGUAAGGCUGGAUCCUGACUCUGGACAAACUGUCCUGUGUGGAAUGGGGGAGUUACACAUUGAGGUUAUUCAUGACAGAAUCAAGAGGGAGUAUGGACUGGAGACCUACCUGGGGCCACUCCAGGUGGCAUACAGAGAGACCGUACUAAGCUCAGCUCAAGCCACAGAUACCUUAGAUAGAACGUUGGGAGACAAACGGCAUCUGGUGACUGUAGAGCUUGAAGUAAGGCCGACGAAAACAUCAUCUGUCACGCCGCUGAUUGAGUAUGCCGAGGGUAUUGGAGAAGAUGUUUUGAAGACUUGCCAGGAGGCCAUUGAAAAUGGGAUUCACACUGCUUGCCUCCAAGGCCCAUUGCUUGGAUCCCCAAUUCAAGAUGUGACAGUUACUCUGCAUUCCCUGGUUACUCAUCCUGGCACUUCCACAACUAUGAUUUCUGCCUGCAUCUCAAGAUGUGUACAAAAGGCUCUGAAGAAAGCAGAUAAGCAAGUUUUAGAGCCUCUGAUGAACCUCGAGGUGACUGUUCCUAGUGAGCACCUCAGCCCUGUCCUGGCAGACCUGGCGCAGAGAAGAGGAAACAUUCAAGAAAUCCAGACUCGCCAGGACAGCAAGGUGGUUAUGGGAUCCGUUCCCUUAGCAGAAAUUAUGGGUUACUCAACUGUGCUUCGAACACUGACGUCCGGCUCGGCUACCUUUGCCUUGGAGUUAUCGACUUACCAAGCCAUGAACCCUCAGGAUCAAGAUGCACUGCUCAGCCAGAGAAGUGGUUCAACGCACUGACUGAUGACCCAAGCGAUCAUUAGAAACUAGCAGAAAAUUAAAAGCAUCUACCCACUGUCCAGAAACACUGGUUUUUUUGCUUUGGACAAAACAGUUACUGUUUCAACAGAUGUAACCUGAAGAUAAGGGCCCUGGCGCCGCUC